AUGUAAUUUAAAUUUUAAUUCAACACACUAUUUGACAGACUUCUUGCAUAAAGAAUGACAAUUAAUCCUUAAUGCCAAAUACUUCAGUAAUUUAAAUAUCCUCGAAAAGGUAUUCAUAAUUCUUUGGACAUUCUAAAAAUUUUAAAGGAAGGCAAAAUAUAUGAUAAUUAUCAUGAUUAAUAGAUAAACAGUCCAAAAAAUUAUCAUUUAAGAAAUCCAUUUAGUUUUAGAGUUGAAUAAAGCUGA